AUGGCGCAGCGUUUCUCCUUUUUCGGUGCUACGGUCGUUCUCGUCCUGCCCUUUGUGACUGCAAGGAAAGUUGGCAACAAGCAGACGUCUGCGAGAGCCACUUCUUCCACAUGGAGCAGUGAGCGUGCGUUUUUGCGAUCCUCCACCGCGAGACGGCAACCCGUCGGUCAUGCGUCUGAGGAUGUUGGGAGGCGAGCUUCAUCCGGAGAAGCUUUGAACGCAGUCGCUCGUACACUUGAUGCUGUUCCAUCGAUAGUAGCAUCUGGCCCAGAUGUGACCGAUGUAGGAGUCUCGAGAACAGGUGAUUCGAACAGUGAUGAAAAUGAGUCGACUGCGUCAUCUUCAGAGGAACAGCAAGAAGAUGCAGUCCAAGAAGGAGUUGAUGGAGAAACACAAACAGGUUUUGGCGCGCAGCCUGCUCCGGAGCAACGAGCAACAACUUCGAAUGUUAAGCUAGCGGCUAUCGAAACAGGGGGUUCAUCGUCUGAAGUGAAAAAUACAGUGUCAAAGAACAUCCGCCACCGUCUUUACGAUGAUUCGCGCACUUUGGGGACUGCAGCGGAGCAGCUUCUGGGCAUCCAAGCAGACCUCAAUCGCGUUCAAACCGAAGUACAGGGUCAAGUUUUCGAUCUCGAGACUGUCCGCAACUUUUUCUCAGAACACCAAUAUCUCACCGCUGCAAAUAAGCAGCUGGAAGUUAUGUCGUUGGCUUGAUGUUAGAUCACUAAAUUAGUAAAACGCAAAUGCAAAAUGAAAAGUUUCUAAUUCUUGGGAUAAAAUCAGUCACCUCCACUGUAGAAGACUCGUGAUCGAUGAUUAGAAAAGACUCUUCCGGCGUUCAUUUUGCAGAAGAGUAGUGUGCUGCUGCACAAGGUUGCGACCAUCGGGCAGGAGUUGGUUGACGCACAGCGCGAGUUCGCGAAUACCACAGCGGCCCUUCGAGCGCGCGCAGAGUCCGCGGAGCUUGCCAUGCAAAAACUGACGGAACGCGAAGGCGAAAUAGAGAAAGACUACAUUGGACAUCGAGCCUCGAUAGCUGAAGACGAAAAGAUUCGAGCCGAAAACUCGGAUCUGAUCGAAAAGAUGCGCCACAUGAACAAGCUAGAAACCGAAAAGCACGAGGCGACCCAAGCAGCAGCGGCAGCCGAUGAGAAAGUCAAGCACCGAGAGCAUUUCGCUGAGGAACUCCAGGGAACGAUCAAAACACUGCGCCAGCAAGUUGCGGUUCUACAGAAGGGCAUGGGCGAGAAGGACGCGAUCUUAGUGGAUCACGUGAAGAAACUCAAAGACGCCGCAAAAAAGGUCGAAGACGCGGAUAACGUACCAUACUAGUAUCCAUGACAAUGUUGACCUGGAGAACAAGGGUCAGUCUAUGUUUGUCACUUUUUAAUUGAGAAAGUUAUAAUCUUAAUAGCCCCCCGGGCUGGGGUGCUCCGGGAGACGUUGAAGAAGAGGAAAGAGCUGCUUUAUUGGCGUGGGCUUGCGUGAAUGGUCUCACGAGGUGAAACAAGCGCCCGAAGGGCGCGCACUCCCCUCCGCCCCGCGGUUGCCGGAAGCAAGAGGCCCCAAAUACGUGGCGAAAGAAGUGCGACCCCGUUCCCAAGAUGGUAACGAGCGCCGGCGGGCAGUUACAUGCGCAACAUCACGCGCAGCACCACCUUCCACGCGCUGGCCGCCGUAGUUGGCGCGGGUCCUUGUGGUUCUCUCUUUUUUUUUUUUUCUCUUUUCGUUCCGUCCGUGGCACGGUGCCGGGCUUAUAGCGAACAAAGGAACGAAGCAACCAAGCAAGAGACAACGGGAAAGCCCGGAGAGGGUGGGGCCCCGAAGGCAUCGCGAAGGAAGCUGGGGCCAGUCCCCAGGGCUCAGCGGCGCGCGCGUCAUCUCUACCCCCGUCGUGACUGUUUCGGGGCUCUAUUCCACCGCGUCACCUGCUCGCAAGGGGUCCCGCGCAUUGCAGAGCGGCGCGCGCAUCCCUACCCCCGUCGCAACUGUUUCGGGCUCUUAUUCCACUGCGUUACCCGCUCGCAGCUGAGCGGCCUCGCGUGCCAGGGUGCUGCACGCAGCGGCGCGCGCGUCCCUACCCCCGUCGUGGUUUUUUCGGGCCUCUAUUCCACUGCGGUGCCUGUUCGCAGCCUGCCAAGCGGCUCCCGGCGCGCGCUGUUGUUGUUGUGGUUGUUGCGGUUUUCUGCUGUCUUCUGUUGCCUCUUGUCGUCUUCUGUUGUGGUUGUCUCUUGUGCUUGUUGUCUUCUGCUGUGUCUUUCUGUUCUCUCUUGUUCUCUGCUGUGUCUUUCUGUUUUCUGUUGUUUUUUGCUGUCUUCUGUUGGGCCUUGCGUGCCAGGGUUCUGCGCUGACUGAGCGAAGGCAAAGACCUGCAGCGCCGUGCUAAGCUUGUGGCGUCUUGUUCGUAGUGUCUUGCUCGUGGUGUCUUGUCUGUCGGGCCUUGUCCGUCCGUCGGGUCUUGUUCGUGGCGCCUUGUUCGUGGGGUUUUCUUCGUGGUGUCUUCUUCGUGGUGUCUCCUUCGUGGUGUCUCCUUCGUGGUGUCUCUUGGCUUCGUGGUGUCUCCUUCAGUUCUCUGCGUCUCCUUCGCGGUGUCUUGUUCGUGGUUUCCCCUACCUUCGUGGUGUCUUGUCUGUUGUUUGAUUGUGUCUUGUCUGUGGGGUCUUGUUCGUGGUGUUUUGUUCAUGGUGCUCUGUUUGUCGUGUGUUGUUCGUGGUGUCUCGUUCGUGGUCCUUUGUUCGCGGUGUCAUCGUGUUCGCGGUGUCAUCUUGUUCGUGGUGUCUUGUUCGUGGUGUCUUGUUCGUGGUGUCUUGUUCGCGGUGUCUUGUUCGUGGUGUCUUGUUCGUGCUGUCUUGUUCCUCGUGGUGUCUUGUUCCUCGUGUUUUGUUCCUCGCGGUGUCUUGUUCGUGGUGUCUUGUUCGUGGUGUCUUGUUCGCGGUGUCUUGUUCGUGGUGUCGUGUUCGUUGUGCCUUGUCUGUGGUGCUCUGUUCGAUGUGUCUUGUUUGUGUUGUCUUCUUCGUGGUGUCUUCUUCGUGGUGUCUUGUUCGUUGUUCUUGUUGUGCAAUUUUUCCAACUGGUGGCGCCUUGCAGGUUCUCUAAUAAAUGUUCACACUAAGGGGUCUUAGGGGUCCUUUCGUGUUCACACUAAAGGGGUCGAACAAUGUUCACACUAUGAGCUCUUUACUGUUCACAUCAGAGGCGUCUUAGAGGUCUUUUUGCGUUCACAUAAAGCUUUGAGGGGAGGAGGGUUCUCUAGCUUUCACACUUAAGGCGUCUUAGCGGUCCUUUAGUGUUCACAUUAAAGGGGAAGAGUGCUCGGGGAUUUUUACUGGUACUCAAAUAGAGUCUUAAGAAAAACAAAAACACCGACCUGAGACCUAGCUGUCAAAGUCAAAGUCAUCUUUCUCAAUUGCACUAGGCUCGUAUCUUGACGCUCGAGCAAGGUGCGGAGACGCUGCAAAUUCGCAUUAAGCAUCAGGAAGGCAGUAUCGCGUCCUUGACGGCGCGUAACGCCGAGUUAGAGAGCCUCCUCAAAUCUGUACAAGGCCAAGCAGUGACGAAGUUCGAGCAGAUGAAGGAUCAGAUUGGUCAGUACAAGACCCAUGUGGUGUCUCUGCGCGAGUCUGUAGCACAAAACAUAGCUGCGCGAAAAACGGCAGAGAACGAAGCGCAGCGCCUCACGCAGUUGCUGGUCAAGAGCGACUCUCAAACGCUAAAAAACCAGCUGGAUGAGGUACAUUCAUGCUUACAUAAAAAUUCGACGACCGGCUUGUUACUGUGUGUUGAAUGAAGAUCAAAGGAGUUGAAGUUUUAACUUUUGAAUUUUCGUCAUCGUCUAUCGUUUCAGUUUCAUCGAGCUACCACAACAACUUGAAUCUUGUCGUUGGUCAGGUAAAGAAGGCGCAAGCCGAAUGUCAGAACGACUUGCGGGACAUGUCGACUGAGAAAGCAAGAGCUGAGGCCGCACGUGUCGAAGCCGAGUCCGCACGCUCCGCAGCAGAGAACACGGCUGCUAUCGAGCGUGCCGCCGCAGAGAAAGCACGCGCCGAGAAAGCUGAGCGCGUAGCAUCAUGCGAGAAACAGAAAGCCGAGGAACUGGAGGAGAGGGGAAAGGAGCUUCUGGCGUGCAACACAGCUAUGAACAACCUGGAGCAGCAGAAAUGCGGUGCUCGCUGGGCAGAACUGAACAAGGAGUCAGUUGCGCAGAUCGAGAAGUGCAAAAUCGAGGUCCCGAGUCUGAAGGAAAAGGUUCGCACCCUGAAGAGCGAGGUCGCAGUUCUGCAGGCGGCAGCUAACGGUCGCCUACUCAACAGCGAACCGGGAACCAGCGGAGAAGCGUCAGCCAAUGCGGAGACUGGUAGCGCAGCAGCCGCGGAAGAUGGUACAGAGCAAGCGGGCGCAGAAGAGGGCGCGGCAGACGCAGCGGCAGAGGAGAGUGCGGCGGCCACCGCGGCCGAAGGACAAGUUUCCGCGGAACAGUAGUUACCGAGGAUAAUCCUGUUGAAUUGGUAGCGCUACAGCUCCCAAAGUGAGCAGACUGGUUGCUUACCAUGUUUUUUCCGUUUCAUAAUUUACAAGUAGGGACGACGAUUUGAUCUUGAAUUUACGGAACCCGACGACGGCAGAAUUUUUUUCCAGGAAACUACUCAGUCAGGAGAUUCAAUCAGUAGUGGAUUUCACGAAAUCUUGAGCCUUGUUGCCAGGUGAGUCGAUCCGUGGGUACCGGUGCCCUUCUGUGCCCUCGCUGGUAUACUAUAAGUUACCGGCACGCGAUCGGUAGCUCUACGCCGAACAUACCAUGAG